GUAAGCAAAAUAUACGGUGAACCUUGUGUUGGUUUCCCAUAUAAAAGGUAGUUGUGUCACACUUUACAACCUUUCUUAGAACACUGUCACAAGGGUGACAGGCCAUACAAUCUUUACAGAAAAUCCCACGGCGCUACUCUGAUUAAUUCUGCAGUGCUUUUGGGUGAGUUGCAGGGCAUUAAAAUUGUGUAUUCUUGGUAUGAAAUGCCAAAAGCCGCAUGAAUUUUGACACCAAGAUGGUGUGAUACAGCAGAGUCCAGGACAUGCAUAUCGGUACACACCGACCCCAUGCAUGUCCCAUAAUACCAGUAUCAUGAUACAGCCGAAAUGAACACGGUUAGCUUGCCCCGCCCAAGUCUUGAAAACCAUCCAAGUGCAUGGGAGAAAGCGGCCCGCUCGGAGGGAAGGUGUCAAAAUACCGGUAAAAACCCUCCAAAGCAAGAAGCCAAGUGCUCCAGCUUUCAACCCUCACUCACGCAUCACUCGGCCAUGGUUUCAUAUGUGACAGAUUGCCCAUGAGACACACGAUACCGACGAACAGUAUCAUACCGAUAUCCAGAACCUUGACUUCAUUUGAUUGGGUGUUCGCAACCACAACGCCGGGACAGCACCAAUAAUGGCGUCGUAACCCAAACGGGCAGGCGGAUCAAAGGGAGGAAAAACGACUGCCAACAUGCCCAAGGUUCAAACGGAUCCUCAAGCUCCCAGAACGACCAUGUUAUCAAUAGGGCUAAUGCCAAGCUAUCCGGCAAACAUUUCCGAACAGCAAAAAAGAAUUGCUUGUUGUGCCUAACUCCGACCGGGAAAACCUUAAACCGCGAGCGUCUAUCCUCUCGCCAAGAUUUAGUCCGUAACCUAUUGCUUAACGCCGAUGAGGCGCCGAAAGGAAAUGAUCGUUGAGGUGGUAAAUGCGGGGCCGACGUCUGGCGGGUAUGACGUCUCCGGCCCGAAUAAGUUGGAUUGAGGAUUCGAAAGGAUAAAUAGAAGUUCGAUUCCCUCUAGAAUUUUUCCUUCCCACGAUCAAUCGACUACCCUAAGGCCACUUGAACUCUCGUGAACACGACUUCAACGACCACCUCCGCCUUUACUUGCACUCUUUAUUACCUCACAAAACGGCACUCUAAUUCUAAAUGGCUACUCAAAAAGUCUGGCUCGUCACUGGAACUUCCUCCGGCUUCGGCAAUGAACUCGUUCACACCAUCCUCAAGAACGGUCAUAAAGUCGUCGCGGCGGGAAGGAAUACUUCGAGGUUGACCCCUCUAAAGGAGGCCGGUGCUGCGACUACCAAGAUCGACCAGAACGAACCUUUGGAUGUGCUCAGGAGGCAGAUUGGAGACGCUAUUGCGGUAUAUGGGCACAUCGAUGUUAUCGUUCUGAACGCAGCUUAUGUUGUUACGGGAACUUUGGAGGAGCGAACGUAUGUCCGCUCCAUCCCACAGGCUGAAGGGGGCGUAGGAGCUAACUUGGGUGUGGUCACGUAGACCCGAAGAAUCGCUCGCACAAUACCAUACUAAUGUCUUCGGCAUCCUAAACCUCUACCGCGCCAUCCUCCCACACUUUCGAGAACGAAAGGCCGGUAUCAUUGCCACGGUCGGCAGCAUGGGAGCUUCAAUGACAGAUCCUCUCAUUGGUCUUUACCACUCUUCCAAGGCCGCCGUCAGAAGUACGCUUUCUUUCCCUAUACUCCACCCCCCCGAUAGCCAACUUACUGAUAUGCCCCCCUAGAUCUCUCCCUCACCCUGGACAAUGAAGUCAAGCCCUUCGGCAUCAAAACCUGCCUGAUCGAACCCGGCUACUUCCGCACGAACCUCCUCUCCUCAGGGACGUCGUUCCAGCUCCCAGAGGCCAAGAUAGAGGCCUACGAUGAGAUCAAUGAGAAUACAAAGACAUUCCUCGCCGAGAGGGACAGGAAACAAAGCGGGGAUCCCAAGAGGGGUGCUCAGGUCAUAUUUGAUGUCCUCACCAGCUCGGGAUGCGCAAAGGGGAGGGAAGUUCCCAAGACGCUUGCUCUCGGAAGUGAUGCUGUCAAGUGCAUAAUUGGCAGCAAUGAGGAAUUUAACAAAAGGGUUGAGGAAUGGAGGUCCGUCAGCGAGAGCACGGAUUUCCCGAAGGAGGAGCAAUAUUAUUAAGUGGAAACUUUUCUGGGGCGCAGGAUACGACCGUAGUGGCUGGAGCUGUGCAGUAGUUCUUCUCUAGCGUUAGCAUCAGAAUUGACAUUCUAUUUUCCCCCGA